AUUCUUGUCUCUCUUAGAUAUUAAACAAAGACAGAAUAAUGCUAGCAAUCGUUGCGAGCAUUAAAUGGAACGUGCUUUAUGAAUACCGACCUACGACUCCGUCUUUUUCUUGUUAAAUGACCGAGAAACAUAAGUUCCUAUUAACCAAACUUCGUUUUCUUGUUGGAGAUAGUGGCGACUCGUAGCGGAGACUUCGAAACUAACAAGAAUAACGGGUCAUUCACAAGCUCAGACCCGUUAAACGUUCGAAAAUUUCAUGUCCGUCAGUGAGUUAACUUCGUGUUCACCGUAACCUCCCGCGAUGUUGCGACGAAAACGCUGAAUGAUAAUGAGAGAAAAUCAGUGAAAGCUUUCGCGCGAUUUCGGUGAAAGCGAUUGCACGACUGACGACACGAGUACAUUCAGGAAGAACCGUCAACUCGCUGUUGCUCGCCGAACUUCUAAUUUACGCGAUACGAGCUCGACGAAAGCUUAACCUAUACAGCUAUGCGAAACCUGUAGUUCGGUCGCCAAACGUUGAUUACAGCGAGGAAAAAUGUGCACUGAUAUGAGAUAGAUGAAUUUACACCGUCACGGGGAUAUUUGAGAGGUUUUAGCGAGAGCGUUUUUCCCGGUUUUCUUCGUCAGAUCUCUGCUCGAAAGUACAGCGAGCGUAGUGUUCACUGUACCGAUCCCUGUUGCACACGCGCGAAAUCAUGGCUGUGUCGAUAAACGAGAUCUGCGAGAACACGAAGCUCGCCCGUGAAAUGGCAUUGAUGGGGAACUACGACACGUCCGGCGUCUAUUAUCAGGGUGUAGUACAACAGAUUCACAGGCUGCUCGCGACUAUAGAGGACCCAACUCGCAAGGCAAAGUGGCAGGUUGUGCAGCACCAGAUCGCCGAGGAGUUCGAGAAAGUGAAAGCCACGUCAAGUACCCUGCAGCUUUUCAAAGUGGACACCCAUGCAGAAAGACUAGUUGGAACUUCUUGUUUGUCAUUCGAGGAACCAACGCGAGAUCCUGCUUUGUGGUCUUACGCUAAUUCAGAUGCCUGGAAUCAAACACCGAGCAGGGACCCAGACGUGUGGCCUCCGUUGACUCCAGCUGAACAGAAAAAUUCAAGACAACAAAAAGUCCAACAAAAACAACAAAAUCGAUCUAACGCUAGGAAGUCUCUGACUACAGCUAAAAAGCCAGACAGCAAGAUUGUUGGCAAGAAAGAUGAUAAGAAGACCGUGAAGAAAGAUGACACAAACAAGGACAAAGCGGAAACAGAAAAAGUCGAUGUCGAACUGGAGGAACGAAAAUUCGAGCCGUCUGCUAAUGAUAAAGAUCUCGUGGAGAUAUUAGAAAGAGAUAUCGUUCAGAAAAAUCCAAACAUCCACUGGGACGAUAUAGCAGAUUUGCACGAAGCGAAGAGAUUGUUGGAGGAAGCGGUAGUGCUGCCGAUGUGGAUGCCAGACUUUUUCAAAGGAAUUAGGCGACCUUGGAAAGGAGUGCUCAUGGUUGGGCCGCCAGGCACAGGCAAAACCAUGCUCGCGAAAGCCGUCGCGACGGAAUGCGGCACGACGUUCUUCAACGUCUCGUCCUCCACGUUAACGUCCAAGUACAGGGGCGAAUCGGAGAAACUCGUCCGAUUGUUAUUCGAGAUGGCCAGAUUUUACGCGCCCAGUACAAUCUUCAUUGAUGAAAUUGAUUCUCUAUGCUCCAGAAGAGGAUCUGAAUCAGAGCAUGAAGCUUCACGUCGCGUGAAGUCCGAGCUUCUUGUUCAGAUGGACGGAAUAAGCUCCAACAGCGAAGAUCCCAGUAAAGUGGUGAUGGUACUAGCAGCGACAAAUUUCCCAUGGGAUAUCGAUGAGGCGCUGAGAAGACGCUUGGAAAAACGCAUUUACAUUCCACUACCCAAUCAUGAAGGCAGAGAAGCACUGUUGAGGAUAAACCUUCGCGAGGUCAAAGUGGACUUGUCCGUAAACUUGACAGACAUCGCCAGGAAACUGGAGGGUUACUCCGGCGCGGAUAUAACGAACGUUUGCAGGGAUGCAUCUAUGAUGCUGAUGCGCAAGAAGAUCGCCGGUCUCAGACCAGACCAGAUCAGGCAAUUACCGAAGGAGGAACUGGACUUGCCCGUGUCCGCCGCGGAUUUCGACGAGGCCGUCGAGAGAUGUAACAAAAGCGUUUCUCAGGAGGACUUGGAGAAAUACGAGAAGUGGAUGAGCGAAUUCGGCUCGUCCUGAUAUCGUUCUAUCGGAAAAAUCACAACGUAACUCGCAUUAUAUGCUGACAGCACACUCGUUGCUCCUAUGACAUAAUUAAUAUGAUGCCUAUUAUCUUCAACGUAUGUACGCGAAGUGUGAGGAGCUUAUUAAUCUUUCGCAUAUCCUAUAAGAACAACUUCUAACAGUUUAAUAAACUCGGAUUUUAAGAGAAUCAAAUUGGAAGAAAAAAAUCAAG